UUCCUGUAAAUGUGAUAAUCUGUAAUGAUUAUAAUAUUCCUAUUGAUAAAUGGCAUCUUGGCGAUUUUGUCUUUAAAGUACAUCGUCGCCAUUCUUCUCAGGGAUGUUUAUACCACCCUUAUUCUAUCUCUAAUGGUGUUGAACAGACUUCCCCAACUACGUCGGUUACUCCACCUCUCAAAAAUGAAGUACUCUAUAUGACUUAUGGUACCCAAACAAAUAUUUAUAAUUUUUAUUCUUAUGAUAACCGUGAUAACUCUGUCAUAGAACAACAGAAAUCUACUUUAAACAUUUCGGAGCAGCCACAACCAACUUUUGAUUUACAAAAUUAUCGUGAGGUCGAGAUGAUGAGCAGCGAAUCUCAGUCCGAUGUACAAAGUGACCCUUGUUCAUUUUACUCGUCAUCCGCUUCGACCCCUUAUUCCACUGCUUCUGAUGAUUCUUUCAAUGAAUCACCUGAUCUAGUUUAUGCUCAUGAAUCUCCUAAUGACUCGCAAAUUGUUCCGAUCUCUCCAACAAAUUAUAGUGAUUCUAGUACCACGGAUGAUUUACCUACUCCAGCUACUGUAAAAUCGAUGAAUUAUCAAAUCUCUUCUCCCAACAUUUCUCCAAAUAUCUCUCCAAACAUUCAUCCUGCAAAUAUUCAUCCGCCAAAUAUUCAUCCUGCAAAUAUUCAUCCUGCAAAUAUUCAUCCUGCAAAUAUUCAUCCUGCAAAUAUUCAUCCUGGUUUUUGCCCUUUUUUCCCUCCAUCAAUGUAUCCAUAUCUUGGUUAUCCUGUUAUUCCAUCAAUCACUUUAAAGGAAAGUCCAAUGGUUCCAUCUUCUGAUAAACCGUCCUCUCGUCAAAAAAAUUUCAUUUCUAAUGAACCUGAUUGUAAAACUCAACUUUAUGAACUUUUAAACAAAGUUAAACUUGUAAUUGAUGGAGAUAUUCAAUCAAUGGCUCAAAAUUGGUCCGUAAAAGAUUUUAGAAAUAGAAGAAGAUUAAUUCAAUUCAUUCGACGUGUUGAAGGUGAUGAAAUUAGAGUUACUUUUAAACCUGUUAAACCUGAUAAAAGACCAAAAUAUGGAAUUUUUGUUUCAUGUAUUUGGUGGGAAGCAAAAGAUGAUUAUUAUAUUACCUCCGUAGAUUGUAUUUAUUUAUUAGAAUGUUUAACUGGAAUUAGAUUAACUCAAGAUGAAAAAAAUAGAAUUCGUAGAAAUUUGGAAAUUUUUAAACCAUUAACCGUAGGAAAAAACAAAAAAGAUAGUGAAGAUUUAUUUAGAGUAAUCAUGGGUUUUCCUGCUCCGAAACCUAGAAAUAUUGAAAAGGACGUCAAGGUCUUUCCGUGGAGUUGCGUUAUAUAUGCGAUUAAUAAAAUUUUACGAAAAUACAUGAAUAGCGGUCCUGCAACUACCGGUAACAGCAAUUCUCAAGCCUCAAAUUAUGAAAAAAAAUAG